UCGCCCUCCUCCUACCAGCGCGCGGGCGGCGGCGGCGGCGGCACCGGGGUCACGAACUCUGACCUUUCACUGACAAAAACAAUAACAAACCCCCCCUUCCCCGCGACCCCGGCGGCGCCCUCGGGCCCGCCCCCGCCGCCCCCGCUCCCACCGCGGCGUCUCGUCUCUCCCGCCUGCCGCCCCGCGAGCCCGCGGCCCCCGGGCUCCCGCCAUCCGCCGACGCCGGGAGCCGGGCCUCCCCGCGCCCUGCCCUCCGCGCCGGGGGCCGCCCGCCGCAGACACGGGACCUGCUUCGAGGCCGCUUUGGCGCCCAAUCCUGAGGUACCGCGUACACAGACCCAUCGGCCGGAAUCUCCAGGGAUGACCAGCCCCUCCCCGCGCAUCCAGAUCAUCUCCACCGACUCCGCGGUAGCCUCACCUCAGCGCAUUCAGAUCGUGACAGACCAGCAGACAGGACAGAAGAUCCAGAUAGUCACCGCAGUGGACGCCUCGGGAUCCUCCAAGCAGCAGUUCAUCCUGACCAGCCCAGAUGGAGCUGGGGCCGGGAAGGUGAUCCUGGCUUCCCCCGAGACGUCCAGCGCCAAGCAGCUCAUCUUCACCACCUCCGACAACCUCGUCCCCGGCAGGAUCCAGAUCGUCACGGAUUCUGCUUCUGUGGAGCGCUUGCUGGGGAAGGCGGACGUCCAGCGGCCCCAGGUGGUGGAGUACUGUGUGGUCUGUGGCGACAAAGCCUCUGGCCGUCACUAUGGGGCCGUCAGCUGCGAGGGCUGCAAAGGUUUCUUCAAGAGGAGCGUGAGGAAGAGCCUGACCUACAGCUGCCGCAGCAGCCAGGACUGCGUCAUCAACAAGCACCACCGCAACCGCUGCCAGUUCUGCCGCCUCAAGAAGUGCCUGGAGAUGGGCAUGAAGAUGGAAUCUGUGCAGAGUGAGCGGAAGCCCUUCGACGUGCAGCGGGAGAAACCAAGCAAUUGUGCUGCUUCCACGGAGAAAAUCUAUAUCCGGAAAGACCUGCGAAGUCCUCUGAUAGCCACUCCCACGUUUGUGGCAGAGAAAGAUGGAGCCAGACAGACGGGUCUUCUGGAUCCAGGGAUGCUCGUCAACAUCCAGCAGCCGCUGAUACGCGAGGAUGGCACGGUGCUCCUGGCCACGGAUUCCAAGGCCGAGACGAGCCAGGGAGCUCUGGGCACCCUUGCAAACGUAGUGACCUCCCUUGCCAACCUGAGCGAGUCCCUGAACAAUGGCGACACUUCAGAGAUCCAGCCGGAGGACCAGUCUGCCAGCGAGAUCACUCGGGCGUUUGACACCUUAGCUAAAGCACUUAACACGGCGGACGGCGCCUCGCCCCCCGGCCUGGCGGACGGCGUGGACACCAGUGGAGGGGGCAGCAUCCACGUCAUCAGCAGAGACCAGUCGACGCCCAUCAUCGAGGUCGAGGGCCCCCUCCUUUCAGACACACACGUCACUUUUAAGCUGACCAUGCCCAGCCCGAUGCCCGAGUACCUCAACGUGCACUACAUCUGCGAGUCCGCCUCCCGCCUGCUCUUCCUCUCCAUGCACUGGGCCCGCUCCAUCCCCGCCUUCCAGGCCCUCGGGCAGGACUGCAACACGAGCCUGGUGCGGGCCUGCUGGAACGAGCUCUUCACCCUGGGCCUGGCCCAGUGCGCCCAGGUCAUGAGCCUCUCCACCAUCCUGGCCGCCAUCGUCAACCACCUGCAGAACAGCAUCCAGGAAGACAAGCUGUCGGGCGAGCGCAUCAAGCAGGUCAUGGAGCACAUCUGGAAGCUGCAGGAGUUCUGCAACGGCAUGGCGCGGCUCGAGGUGGACGGCUAUGAGUACGCAUACCUUAAAGCUAUAGUUCUCUUUAGCCCCGAUCACCCGGGGCUGACGGGCACGAGCCAGAUCGAGAAGUUCCAGGAGAAGGCGCAGAUGGAGCUGCAGGACUAUGUGCAGAAGACCUACGCCGAGGACACCUACCGAUUGGCCCGGAUCCUCGUCCGCCUGCCUGCGCUCAGGCUGAUGAGCUGCAGCAUAACGGAGGAACUCUUUUUCACUGGUCUCAUUGGCAAUGUUUCAAUAGACAGCAUAAUCCCCUACAUCCUCAAGAUGGAGACGGCGGAGUACAACGGCCAGAUCACCGGAGCCAGCCUAUAGUACCCACGCGCGCCCGCCACCGCCCGUGGGACCCGCCAGGACCGCUCGGACCAAGGGGAGCAAAAGUAGUGGUGUUUGGUAUGUGCAAAGGGUGGCCGGGUCCCACCCGGUUCCUCCUGUUGACCCCAGACAGUGGGAUCCUCUCCCGCCGUGAGAAGCGUUUUCAUGCCUUUUGAUGAAGAUUUUGGAAAAAUCUUUUAACUCCAUUUGUAUUUAGCAAUUCUCAAAGGGCAAAAAACCAUAAAAAGGAAGUUUUAUAAUGUCAGAGACUAGUAUUAAAGCAACUAAAAGAACCUAAGAGAACAGUACGUGUGUAAAUAUAUUAAAAAUGUCCUUGGAAUUAAUAGCUACUAAUUGCCAGGGUGACAAUAGCACUUUCUAAGCACUUGUUAUCAAACUUUGUAACGUUAGCGACACCUGCCUGUGGGCGGGGCCACGGGAACGCGGGCGCCUUUGGCUGGAGCGCUGGGGACUGACACCGCGGGUUCCGGAGACAAUCAUUUGUUUAGAGCGUCGUCUUUCCUCGGUCUGUGCACGUGGCUCCUGUGAACGGAAACGUGGCGACCGGGCUGACCGUUGGGUCCCCUGACCGCGGUCCUGGUCUGUGGCGGGCGUCUGCGGACUCUCCAUCACCUGCGCCUGCUUCUGAGGAUUAGGUUGGAGCGGGUCAGACCGAACGGCGAUUGGAGACCUGUCACACCUCCAGCAUCGGCAGACGUCCUCAGGUCACCUCACGCUCGUGGCAGCUGCAGCCUCUGACCCAGCAGGGCAGGGUGGGCACCCUCAACCCUGGACGCCCCUUCCUGAGUGGGGGGGGGGCUGCGUGGAGAGGGACAGUGCAGCUUCUGGAGCGUGAGGACCCCUGCCCGGGGGUUUCCACCUGACACCCCGGGAGCAGGUCAGGGCCGGUGGCACAGGAGCCCAGCAGCUCGUCCUCUGCAGGUCAUGAACAUCAGGGGUGGCCUCUCACUGUCCCAGCACGUGGUGCCCCAGCAGAAAGCAACCCUCAUCCCCAAGGGACAGUCUUCCUCAGAAGUUAGUGACCCUAGUUGACACCAAAAGCCGAGCUCGGUUGCCAGGCGUACCGUCACCUCCAUGAGCGCAGUUUGCAUCUGUUGACCAGGUGGCCCGUCCCUACCUUUGUCUCCAUGGCACUGGGUGUGGGCUCCAGGCAGAGGGGCUGUGUCCUCCUGCGGUGGGCAGUGCUCCGGGCUGUGGCAGCAGGAUCGGGGGGACGCAUCCCCCUCAGGCUCCGUCAUUAGGGCUGUUACUCCUCCUGGGCAGCAGAGGCUGGAGAGUGGCAGUGGUGGCCGAUGGACUUGAGUGUUUAGGAAGGUGAGACAGAGGCUCCCCGAGAGCAGAGCUGGCCUGGUGGGUCUGGCGGCUCCUGUGUCCCUUGCAGCUGCCACUUCCGUGUUCUUGCAUGUCCGAGGGCCGCAUGAUGGCCCCGGGUGCCCCAUGUGCCUGCAGAGGUGCCGGCCUGAGCUGCCCAGGGCUGAUCCCGGAGGACGCUCUUGGGCUUGGAAGUCCCUCGUGUGGCCUGAGCCUCAGGUUACUUAAGGAGACUCACCAUUUAGGGUGCAGCCGUCAUGGGCCGUCAGCGUUGGGGAGCUUGUGGUCCAGGUGUGACGACGUGAGGCCAGGUCCCGAGACGCUCUGCAUGCAGCCUAGGUGAGGACAGCAGCCCAGGGGGGAGGACGGCCCCCACGGGCACUUCUUGGUUAAGCGGCCUUCUUCCGAGGAGUAGCUCAAAUGACGCUGACUCAGGUGUUGGAGUCACCUGUGCAUACACCAGACCCAGACGCUCAGCCCAGUGUCACUGGUCCCCUUCCUCCUGGAAGGUGAGGUGCUGCCCAGCCUCUGCCCUCGGGCUGAGGUUUUGGGGUCCUUAAAUGGGUUUUUCUAUUGAAUCUGGGGUGUGGUGGCCGUGCACCCUUCUUUUCUAGCUUGUGGGCAGGACUGGGCACACCCCUCCCCACGGCCACUUGGGCAGCUGGCCACCACGGGAGCCGGGAGCUGGAGCCUCACCCUGUCCUCUGGGGACGCGUCCCUGCAGAGCAGUCCUGGGUGGCAGUUGGCAUCCGUGUCUGGAAGCCUCUGGCUGGCGGCGUUCAGGGUCCCCUAAGCCUGUUAAGUGUCCUGUGAGACCCGAUUUUUCGCCAGGUGCCCUUUGGUCCUGGGAACACCUCAGCCAGUAAGCAGAUGCCCCCAUGUCCCCUGCCCAGCCACCGAUCUCUAGGUCAGUCACGCAGCUCUGAGAAUUGUCUUAACUUUGUAGAUUUUGAAAGCCAAGACCCCAGCGCGACAGGGUGGCUCUUGGUCUUCUGCACACUAGGUUCCAGGCCACCCCCUCCUCCUGUGUCCCGCAGUGUGUACUGGGCGUGUCCAGCCCCAGGGCUCCGCAGCAGCCUGGGUGACGUACAUGUGUCCAUACCCCGAGUACAGAGCUGUGUGUGUGUGACAGACGCCCGCCCCUGCCCUGGACAGUUCUUGACAGUUGCUCGAGGCCCCUGGUUGGGGGGGGCUGGUUUUCCUACCUGCAUCUUCCCGUGGGGAGGCCUUUCUCUCCAGGCAGGAAAGGAGGGGACAGGAGGACUCUUCUCUGUUCACACGAGGGCUGCAGUGUCCACAGCUACGUGGCCAUUUCUCAACUCAAGUCACACGGCAGCUGGCAGCCCAGCUGGAAGGAGUUUCCCAGGUGGCCAGAGCCAGGCCCCGGCCAGGGUGCGGACCGUCUUUGUCAGUGGGGCCUAGAGCGAGGCCAGGGCACAGCCGGGAGGUCUUUGGAGGCUGGCCUUGGUGCGGUUCCCCGCCCCCUGGGGGCCUGACGGGUCCCCAGGCUAAACUCCUUUCUGAAAAAUUCAAAUCAUAAUUUUCAGAAAUGAACUGGUGUUUGUCCUUAAAGCCACAGACACCAAGUUUCUGUCACCAGGUCUAACCUGAUGACUCCCCAUAAUAGGGCUCUGAGCGAAGACCUGGCCCUGGAGCCAGGCCCAGCCUGGUGGUCACUGCUGGAUGACCGGGACCCUCCCAGGCUGCUCUUUUUCUCGGUGCAGCAUCAGCAUGUUCGAGGACACGGGGACACUGCUCAGUGCCUUUGAGAGACGCGGGCCCUCAGCGCUCGGUGGCCCUACUUUGACGUAAAACGAAGGUGGCGCUGCUGUGGCCCUCACCUGCUGUGACAAUCACAUGUUUGAAAGUGGCUUUCUAGCUGAAAAACAUGGAAGUCUGACAGUCUCUGUCACCUGUUUGACCGGCAUAACAGCAGCCGAGUGACCCAACCACUUGACGGGGCACUAAAGGGUGAAGGUUGGGGUGGCGGUUGGGGACAGCAGGCUCUCCCUUAAGAGUGGCUUUUCCUCGGGAGCAGACUCAGUUGUACGAGUGGCAGACUUGCUGUCCUCCGUCUCACCUGUCCCCCGGGGGCCAGCGCUGGCCUGGUCCUCUGACUGCGAAGCUGCACGUGUCCCCACACACCAGCUGUGGGUUCCCGGUAGUUGGGACUUCUGUUAAAAUGUAGCCGCCUCCCAGCCCUUAAAAAGGCACCCCCCCAGAGGACAGUGCGGGCGUGAGGUUUCCUGGGACCAUCCCUGUCACCCUGCCCUUCUCUCCUUGACGCCGUGACAUUUGGACUCCGGGUUGAGACCCUGUGGAGGCUGCAGCUGUGCACAGCUCCCGUCCCCUGUGAAGCGAGCGUUGUUCUGUGAUGGCAUUUCAAUGGCAUGUCCUUUUUUAACCCGAUUUUGUAUCUAACGCUGUCCCGCCCGCGGCCCUGCGCUGUGUCCGUGGCGCUGCCGUGCAUGCGCAGCUGUGUGCGUGACCCAUGCUGUCUGAUGUGGCCUCGCUGUGGCCCACCCUGCUGCCUACAGGAGGGCAGACCAUUAAAAGUGAAUUAAAGCCU